AUGCAAUGUAUAUCAGCUGAACGAUCCAUUGGAUUCUGUUCGACAGUUGAAGCGAGUGAACGAGUCGUUGAGCGCGCGUAUGCUAUCUGUAAUGGGAGACCGAAUGCAGCACGCCCAACACAUCUCACAAUCACGGCAACGUUGGUUUUGGAUCCUUCAGGAAGAGGAGUUGUAACUUUCCCUCCUGUGAUCACAUCGACUACUGCAUUAAGCCUGGAGACCUCGAGUACUACACAGUCGCUACCAACAACCUUGGUGAUUGAUACAUCAUCGCCUCCUGUAAUUCCAAGGCCAACGACGAGAACAAAGAUUCGAUCGACAACCAAGGAAGAUGUCUCUACCGACUCACUAGACGAAACUACUUCUGCUACGGAUAUUAUUUCGAUUAGCGAGCCGCCGUUCACCAGAUCUACAACUUUCGAAACCACAAAGUCUUCUUCCACUAUCACUUCAGAGACCGAGACCACCACAGAGGUAUCGGGCGGCGCUGGCGGUACGAGCAAAGACGAUGAGAGUGACGAUUCCGACAAUCUCUCCACAGAGCAGAUCGCUGGUAUAUCAGUAGGAGUUCUUGCCGCUGUUGGAGUGGCAGUGGGGGCUAUUGUUCUGGCAAGAUACUGUCGGCGAAGAAAGUAUCCUCAUAUCAAGACUGGCUUUCUUCCUAUGAGGGAUACAUGGGGUUAUAAAGCAGAUCGAUCUGACAAUGGCGGACACAACUCUUGGAUGGUUCACCAACUUCGUCCCGAUUUGGACCCUGGAACUCAAGCACCGCCACCUCCUGUGUACAACAGAGCGAAUUCCAGGCCAGAGAAUAUUGGUGUUGCGUUAUCGCCCCCUUCUUCGAACCGAAACACGGUGAAUUCUUCUCCCCUCAGAAGACUAUCGAAAUUACUCCCUUCAAAGCCAACCUUGCCGCACACAUCUUCUGAACCCACUAGCGAAAAGCCCCUACCUCCUAUCAAGCCAGAAUUGGAAGAGAAUGGACAACCAGAUCGAGGGGCGAGCCCUCAACUUCCGCAGCCAGCACUAACUGCUGCCGCUGUUGCUGCUUCACCACCUAGAUCCCGACCAAUGCCACCAAAGCUGCAUAUUCCUCCGGCUGAGAUACCUGCGGGAGGAGCUCUGGGAACAAACAACCGUGAAAGCAACGUAACCGAGUUCGAAGAGGACCGUACGUCAAUGUCUCCUAACAAUGUCAAUACACAGGUCUGGAGACCCCCACCAACGACUCCUCUAUCAGCUACCACCUACUAUGUUGCUGAUCAGUACGGUAACUGGAUUCUUGGUAAUCCAAAACGUGCCUCUGUGAUAGCGCGAGGGUCACAGGAUUCCAAUGGAUAUCAGGGAGGCGCCCUAAAGCCAGUAUCAAAAGAUGAUAACAGCGCUCUUGGCAACAUGGGACAAGCCAGUGCCCGAACACUUGCUCCUCCAGCAGAGAUUGUUCCUGCAAAUGCCCAGAACAAGCCGUACGGACCGCGCUCACAGUACUCUUCACCCUUCUUCUCAUCACAAUCUCACCCGCCACGCAGUGCUUCUUCUCGUCGCUCGCUUACCAGGCCAUUGGCUCGCCCACGUGAAGAUUCCAAUAGUAGUAGUGCCACAACCAUUACUACAUCAACCGAGUCUUCUACGAGCAUCCCAUCCGUGACACUUGAGCAGCAAGUCAGCCUCUCUCCCGUUGCCGAGUCUCCUCAAUCUGUGCGAGCUCGCCAGCAGCAGCAACAACAGCAGCCUCAGAUACCGCCCCGAGAUCCUCGGCGGGCGAGCCAGAUGGGCAACCCGGGUGAUAAUGUCCAUGCAAGAUUGGCCCCUCCUUCGCGGCAGAUAUUCUACAGUCCUCCUGGUCAGCCAAGUCCAACCUUGGGUAUGAUGCAACCCCCUUCUGCAUACAACUCUGCACGACAGCAGCCGGGUCCCCAGGACACUCAAACUAUCUCGAAUACAGGACUCGAGACAACUUCUCCAACAAUGCGUAUCGUUGAACCAUCUCCUGAGCCAGAGGAUACCACCGCAGAGCUACCCGCUGUCAACCCAGACCAGAUUCGGGCCUCUCCCUUUUACUUCAACCCGCCGUACCCUCAACCUCUCCAAGCUCGUCAACAGCCACAAUCACAACACCGUCGUUCUGCUUCAGGAUCUCAACCUCAAACAUACCGACCUUAUCAAAGGCCCCCUUCUUUUCAACCAUCUCCCCGUGAGCAACAAGCAGCUUGGCAGCCUAUCCAGCGCCUGCACUCUCAUCACCACCCCCAACAACGUCACCAACAUCAGCAGCAGCAGGGGCAGCACAACGUGUGGCAUCCCACACACCGAAACCCUCAAUCGUACCAAUCUUCCCAACAGCAACCUCUGCAACCAUACCAGCGUCCACCGCAUUCAAACAUCUACCUACAACAACCUCAUAUGUACGAAUCAUUCCAAACACGACAAAAUCAACAGCCCCAACCCCAAAGACAAGGAGGCUACCAAUCAUUUCAACCGUAUUCUGCACCACAACAGACCCAAAUCCAUCCUUCGCAGUAUCAAAACUACCGUCCUCCUCACCCAACAACCACGCCACUUGCACACUCUGGGAGCCAGGAUUCACUUCUUUCCAAGCGUGUCGGUUCGGAUCGCGCUGCUGAUAUGACAAUCGGCAUAGAUCCCGCCAGUAAAUCAAAGUGGAAUCGUGACGACCAAAACAAGACACCUCCAAGCUAUCCUAUGUCACCUCAUUGGAAGCCAACAUUAACGCCUACGCGACGAGGAGACGACCUAGUUCUGAAUGUGCAGUAA